AUGACAAAGACAUUGAUUAAUACUCAACAUUCAACGCUAGAACAACAACAAAAUUCAUUAGAUCAAAAUGGUGAAAAACAAAGUAUUUGGGCAUCCAUCUUACGUGAUGUAAAAUCAUCUACAAAAAAAGCACCAACAACUAAAUCGAUAAUUGUUUUGGGUGAUAAUGAAAGUGGUCGAACAACAUUAGUAGCUAAACUACAAGGCAACGAUGAUCCAAAACGGGGUGCCGGAUUAGAAUAUCAUUAUAUGGACAUUAAAGACGAUGAUAGAGAUGAUACACCAAAAUUAGGUGUUUGGAUAUUGGAUGGUGAUACAUCUUGUUCACAAUUAUUAAAAUUUGUCAUUAAACCUGAUAAUAUUGAUAAUUGUUUAAUCUUACUUGUCGCUAGUAUGACACAACCAUGGUCGAUCUUGACCAUAUUAAAAAAAUGGAUUACAAUUAUUGAAGAUCAUAUUGAUCGUUUAAAAUUAGACACAGAUAAAUUACGUGAAUUAAGAGAUAAAAUUCAAUAUGAUUUUCAACAUUAUUUUGAACCAAGUGAAGCAGCGAACAAACGUUUAAUAACAUCAGUUACAUCGUCAUCAUUAGGAUCAUCUUCGAGUACAAGUACACCCACGGCGUCAACCUUAACAACGCAAAUAAUUAACAGUAAUAGUGAUGAUCAAUUUAUUUUACCACUAGGAGACGGAGUAUUAACAAGAAAUCUUGGUAUACCAAUCAUUGUUGUCAUUACCAAAUGUGACGUAAUGCCAACACUGGAAAAAGAAAAUAAUUAUAGAGAUGAACAGUUUGAUUUUAUGCAACAUCAUUUAAGAAAAUUUUGUUUACAAUAUGGUGCUUCUCUGAUUUAUACAUCUGUUAAAGAAAAAAAAAAUAUUGAUAAAUUAUAUAAAUAUAUUGUUCAUAAAUGUUACAAUUAUCCAUUUCACUAUCCAGCUGCUGUUAUUGAAAGAGACUCAAUAUUUAUACCAAAUGGAUGGGAUAAUGAGAAAAAAACUGAUAUUCUACUAGAAAAUUUACAUAAAAUUAAACCAAUGGAUAAUUAUUCAGAUAUAUUUAGUAAACCAGUCAUUCGACGACCAUUACAACGUGAUACUGAAAUUAUUACAGCUGAAGAUGAUCAAGAGUUUUUGACUAAAUUACAAUCGACAUUAAACAGAACAGCAUCGCCAGCAAGAACAGAAGACAAUACUCAUACGCCUCUAAUGCCGUCCAGAGCAACAGCCGGUACAAUUGGAAGUCAGUCAUCUAAUUCGGUACCAAAUUCUCGGCGUGUAGCUGGGCCAUCGACCCCGAAUACAUCAAACGAAGGCGCAUUGGCCGUUUUUUUUAAUGGUUUAUUAACAAGAAAAUCAGUACCCGGAACGCCGACCACACCUCGACAAAAAUCGAAUUCUAUUAGUAAAUUUGGUAAGCUUAACAUUGAACAAGGCUCGAAAGAAAAGCAAAAUAUACAAUCUAAUGAUGGUUCACCUAGUCGAUCUCAAUCUCCGUCAUUGGAACAAUCCGAAACUGAUAGGAGCUACCAAGAGCAAAAUGAUGACAUUGCCCAAAACAGUAGUGGCGGUCAAGCUCGAACGUCACCAUAA